AUGGAGGAGGAGGGUUAUGGUGGUAUUGUGCCGCUGGGUUUCUAUGAAAAUCCGCUACUGGGUUCUAACGGUAUGCCGCUGGGUUUUCGGUUUCAUCCGACCGAUCAGGAUUUGAUCAGUUUCUUCCUUUAUCACAGAGUCCUCCACAGAGAGUCGUUAAUGGCGUACUGCAACAAUUUUAAGCUUGUCUAUGAGUUCGACCUCUUCGGCAAGACUCCACCCUGGGUGGUUUGGGAGAACUUUGGCGGACCGUGCCUUGACGGUCAAGAUUUGUUCUUCUUCUGCCAACUCAAGAAUAGAAGUGAGGCCCGCAUCAAACGUGAAAUUGACGCCGGAGGAACGUGGAGCGAAUCCAAUUCAAAGCCGGUUAGGGAUUUUCAGAAUGAAAAACCUAUUGGGAAAAAGAGGAAUUUGCGGUAUGAGAAGGAAGGGUGUGAGCACGACGGUGACUGGCUCCUGGAAGAGUACAGUAUGCUUCCUAGUGUAGUUGGUGGCACUGAUGACUCCGAUCACGAAAUUGGAAAGGUGGUUCUCUGCCGACUUAAAAAGAGUUCUAGGAGUAGAAACAAGAAGAGUUGUUCGAAUGCAACCCAACAUGUGAACGAGGAGCGUGCAAAAAAGAGAGCAAGAAAAGAAGUCAAGGAGAAGCCGGUGAAAAAGAGAGCAAGAAAAGAAGCGAACAAGAAGCCGGCGAAAACAAAGGCAAGAAACGAAGUGGGAUCACAAAAUACUACUAGUGUGAUCGCCCAUACCAUCGAUGAAAGCAAUUAUAAGAUGAUUAGUUACGCUACUAAUGAUGAUCAGCAGUGCAUAAGCAACAUUGACGGUAGUACGAUGCCCGCAAAUUUUUCUGAUCAUGAUUAUGUGCCGAUAAGCUUGGUCAGCGAAGGUGGUGAGCAACUUUUGAAAGAUGAAGACUUUCUUUUUGAGAACGGCGAAGAAAUAUUUUUUGACCUCGACGAUUUGUUUGCACCAUUAGACUUGUGA